AUGCAAUGGCAGAAUUGGAAGAAUUAUGGUAGAGCGGUUUAUGAAUGUCUCCGUGGUGGACUUGAUUUUACCAAGGAUGAUGAAAACGUGAAUUCCCAACCAUUUAUGCGCUGGAGAGAUCGUUUCUGCUUUUGUGCAGAAGCAAUUUAUAAAGCUCAGGCUGAGACGGGUGAGAUUAAGGGACAUUACCUGAAUGCUACUGCAGGUACAUGUGAAGAAAUGAUGAAAAGAGCAAUAUUCGCCAGAGAAUUGGGAGUUCCUAUAGUCAUGCAUGACUAUCUGACUGGAGGUUUUACGGCAAAUACUUCGUUGGCUCAUUAUUGCCGAGAUAACGGCCUACUUCUUCACAUUCACCGCGCAAUGCAUGCAGUUAUUGACAGACAAAGAAAUCAUGGUAUGCACUUCCGUGUACUGGCUAAAGCACUACGUAUGUCUGGUGGAGAUCAUAUUCACGCUGGUACUAUAGUAGGUAAACUUGAAGGAGAACGGGAAGUGACUUUGGGUUUUGUUGAUCUAUUGCGUGAUGAUUUUAUUGAAAAAGACCGAAGUCGUGGUAUUUAUUUCACUCAAGAUUGGGUCUCUAUGCCGGGUGUUUUGCCUGUAGCUUCAGGAGGUAUUCACGUUUGGCAUAUGCCUGCUCUGACCGAGAUCUUUGGGGAUGAUUCCGUAUUACAGUUCGGUGGAGGGACUUUGGGGCACCCUUGGGGAAAUGCACCUGGUGCAGUGGCUAAUCGGGUCGCUUUAGAAGCUUGUGUACAAGCUCGUAAUGAAGGACGUGAUCUUGCGCGUGAAGGUAAUGAAGUGAUCCGCGAAGCUACUAAAUGGAGCCCUGAACUAGCUGCCACUUGUGAAGUAUGGAAAGAAAUCAAAUUUGAAUUUGAUACGAUUGAUCGCUUGUAAUCGAGUGACUUUCGUCUGUUUGGUCCCUUAAUCAAAUCGAACUCGGCCCAAUCUUUUCUUUUAAGAUUGAGCCGAAUACCGAAUGGAUGGGAAUAGAUAAUUCGGCUAGAGGAAAGAAAUUUACCUCUUACCUACUAAUAUAGAAAUAUAUUUUCUGGAUUAUUCGAUCGGGUCGGUGGAUCACUAGAUCCAGGCCCAGGGAGCAAGGGCCUUCAAUCUCUUCUAGCCACGCGCUCAAAGGAGGUUCAAAAUUUGUUAUCUUUAACAAAUUAAAUCCCGCUCAAAUCUCUUCUAAUCUAUAUCUAUAUAAAAGCUCAUUUUUAAUCGGCUUUGUCCGGAGCUUUAGUAAAAAAAAAAAAAAAAACUACAAUAGCGUAUUAUGUAAAAAUGUAAAAAUAGAUAUUUUAUUAAGUCAAUUGUUCAUUAUUUUUCAUGAAUCAUCGUGAAUUCGUUGGACAGAUCAGAAAGAACCUGAUGGAGACUUCCUUUUCUUUUUUUUUUUUAUCAGAAGCGGAAUUUGAUUCAAGGAAUCAAAUGUAUAAUGAAAUACUAUUAUAUAUAUAUAUAAUAGUACGCUAUUUGAACAAAUAAAUGAAUUACGACGAUAAGAUCGAAUUAAUUCCCGAUUAAGUCGAGUGAGUCA